AGCUCACCUGUCUGCUAUGCUCUGUUAGAGCUUGCCACACGGAUUAACCUGGAUUGCCUUUUUUGACGCAAUAACUAAAUAGCAUAUUGCUAAAAGAAGAUCACAAUGGAGUGGAGGAUUAUUGUACCCGUUCUGUGUCUAAUUGGAAUCCUACAUGUGCCUGGAAAUGCUGCUCAAGAUAACACCACUGUUUAUCGAUUCACUCUGAGCUUCAGCAUCAAUGCCACUUUCCCGAGUGACUACUCCAACUUCACCAGUAAUAACACCAAUGACCUGAAAAACAACAUCACCAGUCAGGUUGAGCCACCUUACAAGAAACAGUAUACAAACUUUCAACGCUUCAAUAUUUCAAGUUUUAACUUCAGUAAUGGCUCCAUUGUGACAGUGGGAGAACUUCAAUUUUCCAACGGCUCUAAGCCUAAUAUAUCAGAUCUGACACAAGUCUUGAAUAAUGGAAGUUUCACCUUCAUAAUCAUUACGAAUUCCACAAAUGCUGUUGAAGUCACACAACCUGCUGCAACAACACCUGCAACAACUGUAACAACUCCAACUACAACGGCCCCUGCACCUGCUAAAGUUGGAAAGAUUAGUUUGGUGUUCAAGCUUCUUCAAACCUUCAAGGACAUCUACUCCAAUUUCAGUAAUCCUGAGACCAUAGAGCUGACAAAUAACAUCACCACUGCGUGUUCUGGAGUUUACAAGGCUCGUUUCUCACAGUUCUACCGCAUGGUUAUUCAGAAGUUCAGCAAUGGCUCCAUUGUGACUGAUUCUACCCUCGAGUUUAACACCAUAAAUAACGCUACUCCUACUGCGGCGGAAGUGAAAGAUACCCUUACUGCGGCAAUCGCAAAUGGAAAUUUCAGCUUCAAAAUUGACAACACAUCCAUCAGUGCUGUUGUUAUCCCAGAAAUCGAUUCUUCUCUUAAAGAGUAUAAUUUAACCUUCAAAAUGAAUCAAACUUUCACAAGUGACCUUUCAAAUAUGUCAUCUGAUGGAGCCACAAAGCUGGCAAAAAACAUCACUACUGAGCUUGAUGGACUUUACAAAGGUUUUAAGGACUUCAAUCGCUCAUUGGUUUUGCAGUUCAGGAAUGGCUCCAUUGAUGUAGAAGCUCUACUUGGAUUUAACAAAAGCUCCAAUAGUCUUCCUUCCGUGUCAGCGCUGGCUACUUCUCUUGCUGCGGCCGUUAGAAAUGGAACAGUCAAAUUACCAAUUGAUCCAAAAACCAUCAAAGUUACAGAUACAGCUACAGGAGCCAGUGCUAACAGGUCUCCAGUCCUGGCUAGUAUGCUCACAGCUGUGUGGAUGACCCUAGCAUCACUUCUGUUGUCAGUUGUGAUGCACUAAUCACAAAAACAUGCGACUACAAAACAAUUGUGAAAUCUCUGAUAUUUUCGUUCUCAUUCAAAAUCAGCAAAUCACAAAGCAAAACAAGUCAAGUUAUGAUCUAGCUGUAACAUUUACUAGUCUUUCUUGCCACAUAUAGAGCCUGGUGAUACAUAAGGUAUGCGUGAGUUACAUUAUUUUGGUCUGUGCUUUGCAAAAAGCACAUUGUUCCUCUGUACACUGAGCUGGAGAAAUAAUGAGGAUCAGUUCAUUGAAACCAAAUCUGAACAUUUCUCUAUGCCACAGAAAUGGCACAACUGCCAAUGUAUUAGUUAGAUGCUGAAGAUCUAUUUUUUGUAAUACACAUGUGCAAUCUAUGCAUUUAAUCAUUGAGUAAUAGAAAUGAAAAAAUGUUCUGAUAAAUCUGAAUAUUCCUCUAAGCCAUACAAAUGGCACAAGUAUAAUUUAUAUUUAAAGGUAUUAUAAUGUGAUUCAGAACUGAUAUUGUUUUGCUUUUUGCUUUUUUUUUUUCAAUAAAAUGUAUCUUCCAAUGUAUUAGAUGCUGGAGAUCUAUUUUUUUGUAACAAAGGCACACAUGUGCAAUCUGUGUAUUUAACCAUUGAGUAAUAAAAAUGAAAACAUUUUCUGAUAAAUGAUCUGUAUUAUGUUUUAUGAAGUACUUAUGUUUAAUAAAAGGAAACAUUUAAGAAUUUAAGAA